AUUUUUGCUUUGUCUCAGAUUGUUGUGUGACACACAACCAAGUUUGGUUUUUUGUUGUUGUUUUGAACAAUCUCGGUUUUUGCCGCCAUGUCAUUGUCAUCAUCAUCAUCGUCCUCGACUUCCAAGACGCCGUUGUUGGACCUCACUGGCAGUUGGACCAGUGCCAGCCUCGCGUCGUCUCUCAUUGCCGACACUCCCAACGUUGAAACGUCGCCCGGGAGCAGCAGCCUCAGCAGCCUCAGCAACAGCCGCAGUGGAUUGGAUUCGAGUGCCUCGUCGUCAUCACAGCCAGUGCUAUUGCUCGACCGCGCAGCCGACCUCGUCCACUCCGACCAGUCGACAGCCGACUCUGAGGUGUCCGACCACGAGUAUCUCCUGCCCGCUGCGGACUCGAGCGACGAUGACCACGACGACCACGACGGCAGCAACAGCGACCAGCCAAAGUCGCUCAGCUCGAGCUUGAGCUCGUCCUGGUCGCGACUCGGCCGCUCGUUCACUGACUCUGGUGCUGCGUCUGCUUCUGCUUCCAUCACAGGCGGACAGGCGAAUGGUGGCGGUGUGACUGCGCCAGUUGAGGUUGCUGCCGCUGCCCGAGUUGCUCAGACUCCGCCUGCGCCUUCGCAGACUGAGCAGCCCGUUGUGACUGAUGCCACUCCUGCAUCGGUGCAAACGAUGCAACCAAAGUCUCACAAACGACUCCGCCGAUCGGUGAAUCAAACGGGUCGCUCGCCAUUCAAGACCCAACCGCAACUGCAACAACCGCAGCAGCACGGCUCGCGCAGAGCAUCCAAACGCCACACAUGCAACGGAUGUCGCUGCCUGGCAUACAUAGUUGCGGUGAUACUGGCAGGGCUCGUAUUGUGGUUGAUUUACGACUUGACGGCGACGAACGCCGCCCUCUCCGACCAACUCCGGCAAAUGACAGACACAGUGGAGGAACUCCGCUCCAGGCUCAGCUCCACAGAGCAGCGGCUCUCCGGCAUCACGGAACAGCUGUCGUCGAGUCCCUCCGUGCACUUCAGUACGAAUCUCUGGUCGUCGGUCGUCGAUCGUACCACGUCCACCUUUAACACCGUCAAGGACCAGCUUGCAUCCACGGUGGAGCAUGCAGGAAAACGCUUUGGCUUUGGCGACAAACCCUCAAGUCUCAGCAAGUCACCACCGAAAGCGAAAACGCAACGUCAACCUGCCGGCGAGUUGUGAAUGUAUGGUCAAAGUGGAAUCAAUGUCCGCCACGUCGUUGACUGUUUGCCCGAAACAAGGGAGGUGCAUGGAUGAUAUUGUGUUCCAAUAUUGUACAGUUCUGUGUUGUGCACCAUCACUUCAAUCCUAACGAGCGUUUGACGUG